AUAUAUUGCCUCAAUGAAAUUGUAUGUUAUCUCCUAGUUAGUGCUCAAAUUUUCACCAAUAUAUGGAAUAAAGUAACCUCACAAAAAUGUCUGCCAAUACUCUAGAUAUUAUAUAUGUACACACCUUAUGUACCUGUCAGUACCUCACCAAAGAGAAGCUAGAUUUUCUGAGCAGAAGGAAUGGCAUUUGAAUUUGAUAUUAUGGCACUUGUCUUGUCAUUUCUUUAUCGAUCGUAAACCGUAAUUUUGAUCUUUUAAUAUGUGAGGCGUUCUUAAAUAGUGAUUUCUUGGUAGGGAGGAUCACGAUAUGAUCCUCCGCAACUGCGAUCAGGAGAGAUGUAAACACUUAAUGUCAGAACUGACCCUAAAAUCAGUUUAGGCGGUACAGUAUGACGGAUACUGGUGGUGAAACAAAAAAAAGCAAAAAAUUGACGCUGGACCAAAUAGUCUAUUAAAAAUAUGUUUGUGAUUUUGAUAUAUCAUAGAUUUAGGGAUAAAAAGGACUUUUUACUAUUUGUUUAUCUUUAAAUUGCGCUACCUGCCACUUGAAUUUUAGGACUUUUAUAUUGUCCUAACAAUGUGGUGCUUGCUACAGUUACUAGAUGGGAUAUGGGACAUAUCCUAAAGUGGUAUAAAAAGUGGAAAUUGUUGGAGGAGCUGAAUGCAAACCUCAAAUCUACAAAACUUUGCACUGUGGCCACUACUUAACAUUUGAUUAUGAUUAUGAUUAUGAUUAUGAUGCAUGCAAGAAAAGAAACCUAAACAGAACAGAACAGAACAGAAGCAAGGUAGUUCAAUUAAAUAGACCAAAAACAUCUUUUUCUUCUCUCUAUGGCUAAUAAUAUGAUAAGUUUACUUUUGAACCAAGCACUCACGAGAUAUCCCUGAAAACUUUUUCCUUUCAAUUCAUCUUUAUGCUGCUAAACAACCUAAUCCUCCUCAUCUAUCCUAUUACAGAAAACCGUGAAAACUGUUUCUUCUUCCUCUUCCACAUAUUUUCAUGAAACUUCUCUUCAUUUUCUACCUAUUUGCUUUAUACAAUGAAACUUCUCUUCAUGUUCCUUUCUGUUUCUUUAGUUGUUAUGUGCUGUAACAGUUUUUAUCCUUCACAACUUUGAUGAACCAAACAUGGUUCCAUAAAAACCAAAAGGGUCUUGUUUGAUUUCAUUAAUGAAUCAUUUUGAUACAUGCUAUUCAAUUUUUGUCGUUGGAGCCUAUGUUUCGAAAUCGGUUUAUGCACUUCUUGAAAUCAAUUCAUACAUUCAGAAGAAAAAUUCCUUUUGACAGUCUGUAUUUUUUAUCAUCAUAAGCAUCACACUACAACAAUAAACCAUUUCCAUAAGGCAUGAACUUUGCUAGAGCUUCAAUGGCAGGUUCAUGGUUCAACAAGCUUCGCCUGCGAAGGUCUAAGAGUAAUAAACCUUUACCAGAGCCUUCUUCUUCGUCUUCUAAGGCUCGGUUAAAUUCUGAUGCAGACAACAUGGAAAGAAAAAGAUUUGAUAGCUUAGAAUCAUGGUCCAUGAUAUUGGACUCCGAGAAUGUCGAAACGUGGGAAGCUUCAAAGGAGGAUCAGGAAGAAUGGACUGCUGAUCUUUCUCAGCUUUUCAUAGGUAACAAGUUUGCUUCUGGUGCUCACAGUCGAAUUUACCGUGGAAUUUACAAGCAGAGAGCUGUUGCUGUUAAAAUGGUGAGGAUACCUAAUCAGAAUGAAGAAAGAAGAACAUUGCUAGAACAGCAAUUCAAAUCUGAAGUUGCUUUACUCUCACGUCUCUUUCAUCCUAACAUAGUGCAGUUUAUUGCAGCAUGUAAAAAACCACCUGUGUACUGCAUAAUAACAGAAUACAUGUCACAAGGAACUCUAAGGAUGUAUCUGAACAAGAAAGAGCCUUACUCACUUUCAAUAGAAACUGUACUAAGGUUAGCACUUGACAUUUCAAGAGGUAUGGAAUACCUUCAUUCUCAAGGUGUGAUUCAUAGAGAUCUCAAAUCAAAUAACUUGCUUCUCAAUGAUGAGAUGAGGGUUAAGGUGGCAGAUUUCGGAACAUCGUGUCUUGAAACACGGUGCCGAGAAACAAAAGGAAACAUGGGAACUUAUCGUUGGAUGGCGCCUGAGAUGAUUAAGGAAAAACCGUAUACUCGUAAAGUUGAUGUGUAUAGUUUUGGAAUUGUGCUUUGGGAACUUACAACUGCUCUGCUUCCUUUUCAAGGAAUGACUCCAGUACAAGCUGCUUUUGCAGUUGCUGAGAAGAAUGAAAGGCCUCCACUGCCUGCAAGUUGUCAACCAGCACUUGCGCAUCUAAUAAAGCGAUGUUGGUCAGCAAACCCUUCGAAGAGGCCAGAUUUCAGUGAUAUUGUGUCUACUCUUGAGAGGUAUGAUGAAUGUGUAAAGGAAGGUCUUCCUCUAACUCAUCAUUCAGGACUAGUCACCAAAAACUUCAUUAUCGAACGCUUAAAAGGCUGCGUCUCCAUGAGUUCCUCCAUACCUGUAAAUGCUUAAUUGAAUUCAUUCCCCUUCCCUAUAAGGUAUUAAUUAAUUGUUGUUGUCUUUCACUUCCAUAUUAAAACCUUAAAUUCCUCAUAUAACUUGAAUAUAACAUAGUUUACUUACA